AUGCAAAACUACGCCAGAUCCGACUUCCUGGACACCGGGAGCUUGACACGCUCACGAAGUACCAGUCUUUCCAGUGACUCGCAACACCCCCGGGUCAAUCUCAUGUCGCCGCCGUCUGUCCGCCCACCGCCUGGUUUCAUUUCUUUCUCCGCCGCCUCAGAGAUCAUUACUUCCGAUCAAGAAUUCAAUACCGCCGAUUUUGCGGAAGACGAGGACACCGGGGCUGCGGCCAGUGCCCUGGUCACACCGGCAGCACUGUCCCUCUUGAAUGGUUUCCUCGAUAACUUAUUAUUUAACAUUCUUGCGGCCUCUAAAUCCACACAACUAGCUUGCAUUCGACCAGUGUUGGCCGACGUUCUAAAGCCCCGCCUCGCACAAGAGGUGGUAGCCACCGCAGAUGAGGAAUUGGGCGAAUACAUGGGCGGCGAGGAAGACGAGGAAUCAGAAUUCCGGGGAGGUCAAGAACCCGGUGGGGACUUUGAUCUUAUUCGCUCGUGGAAAUUGACUCGCCUACGAUGCAUGGUCUACACCAGACUCGGCGACAUGGAAGAGGAGGAUGAGGACGAAUUUAUUGCGCAGGAGGGCCUCGGAGAGUCCGACGGUGCUCCCCGCCGGUUUUCGAGUCAUGUCGAUAACAUCACCCCCGCAGCGGCGAUUUUCUUAACUUCCAUUAUUGAACACAUCGGCGAGCGAGCGCUCGUCAUUGCGGGCGAGACCGCACGAUCAAGGUUAUCCACGAAGCUCAAUGAUACCGAAAGUCAAUUCUCAGACGAUAUGGAGGACCAUCGCAAGCGAAUUGAGCAGUUGGUUGUGGAGGAUCUCGAUAUGGAGAAGUUGGCGUUGAACGCGACGCUGGGUCGCCUUUGGCGCACCUGGAGAAAGCGCAGACGCGGAACAACCCUGUCACGAACAUUAUCACGCGAGUCUUUCAGACGCCGCACUUUUUCACACACCCUGGCCAACAGUCGCAAGAGCAGCAUUGCAACCAUCGAGGAGCCGGUAACCCCCGCAGAGCCUGUUCUUGAGGGGAUCUCCGCGGCAAUUGAUCCCAUCACGGUCCCUCUGCCUAUGAGCGAUUAUGACGUUGAAGAGAUUGAGGUUCCUGGGUACAACCCAGACAUGGAGGGCGAAGUGGCACAGACAAUGCAGGCGGUUGUCGCUCAUAAGGUGCGACCACGCAGUUUGAUGGUGGUCCCCUCGCCAUCGCUGGUGGCAAGGUCGGGCAACUCUCCUUUGAGCGCGUCGGCAGUUGAGAGUCCUCUGCUUCGCCAUGCUCGCUCUAGAUCAUUGCCAAACCACAAGUCCAACUCCCCUUCAGAGCGCCAGCGCGAGGAGAUUGAGGAGGCAGACGUCUCCCCAGGUGAAGCAUCACCCAAGUCCACCAGAUCUUCCCGCUCAUCUUUGAAAGAAAAGCUGGAGACCAUGUACGAGGAUGAUGAAUCGGCCGAAUACGUGGAUGCAGCAGAGUCCACCACGGGUAUCGCCGUCACCACCAAAAAUGAGGAGUCGAAAGAAGCAGCAGCGGAAUUGUCCGACAGGGAGUGCAUGUCUGUCGUACAGGAGGAAGAAGAGGAGGAUGCGCCGGCAGUUGGUGUAACGAUCGCAUCAUUGCGAUCACGUCUGCACGAGGACGAGGGGAAGGAACAGCCUGACAGUAACCGUGUUUCGGUCUCGUCGCUGAAUGAUGGACCCACUGAGGAUCCGGAAGUCAUCGAAGGGCAAGGGAUGCGCGAGAAACCAACACUGACGUCUACCAUUCAACGACCAAAGAGAAAGCAAAGUAGGGAUGUUUCUCAGUCUUAUGCGAAGCCGAUCAUUGCAGAAACUAGUGAUCCUGAUCUUCCAUCUACCGAAUCUACGCAAGGGGUGGGGCCCGCACUGGCACUAACCGCCGACGCCACCAUCGAGGCUAUCAAGCCUCCUAGUGAUCUUGAUGCUACUGAAGGCGAUCACAAUAAAUCGGACAUGAAAUAUGUGUCUGAGGAGGCCCCUUCGAACGAAGCGGUCGUUUCUGAGAAGUCCUCCGAGAGCCCGUCGGAGCUUGCUACUAUUACCGAGUCAUUCCCUCUUCCUGGCGUUGACCCCAGUGCUGCUGAGUUUGCUGUCGUUGAAGAUUUUAGUGGUCCCGAGGCUAAUACCCCGGAUCCUGCUGCAUCACCGGAGGUUUCUCGAGCGCCUUCAACUUCGGGAGACAGUGACCACUCUCAACAAUCACGCACCCGCCGCAGGCCCACCCCGUUGGUGGUGACCUCCAGCAACCGUAGCUCUCCAAGUCUGGAACAGCGAGCUGCUGUCCAACGCAUGUCUGGCCGUCCAACUACAUCGAUAUCCUCAUCCGUCCUGAGCAAGCCUCGCCGCUCAGAGAGCUUCAACAGUACUCGUGAAAAGCGCCCGGUCACUGCCGGUUCCACGACAUCUCAAGUUUCAAAUAAACUAAAGGGCCUUAUGAACCGCCCACCAGGCGAGUCUCCGUCCCUCAGACUCCGUAGCUCAUCUGAUACGAGUCGGGCGUCUGGCAGUGGAGACUCACUGGACAACGACACCACCGACCUGGACAAGUUGAUCAACAGUGACGAGACCAUCCAUUUCACGUUGACUCCUCGGAGUGUGAGAGAGAUGACAUUCCCUGAUGUGCCUCGACCAAUUCCUCGGUCAGACACCACAGACACGACCGACCUUGCCGAGUUCCUGAAAAAUACUGGUCCACCAGGAGCCGAUCCUCGAGCUUCCGUUUCAUCCAAGGCCACUGGAGAACAGCUCAUUGCAAAGGCGGGUGACUCCCCCAAGCAUAUUCCAAUCUCUUCCCGCAUGAGCCUGUCUCCCACGGACGCUGCUGCUCCUGCACCAACCCGCGACACUCGGGCUGCUAGUACUACAGUCAGCAAGCCGCCUGCUCCCACCAGUGCCCCGAGCCCCACCGUCGACUCUCCUAAGUCCGUUCGAACCCAGCCUAGCAUCUCAUCCACUCGUUCGAAUCCCAACCGGCCCAAGCUGCAGGCUCGCGCGGCGGAGACACGUGGAUCGGAGACUUCUGAUUUGAUUGAUUUCAUUCGCCAAGGUCCGCCACAGUCUACCCACCGCAUCCCUCGUACAGUUGCGCCAUUCCGAAACACAGUCGAUUCGGAUGAUAUGCAGGUCGAGUCCCAGAACAGUUCUCUUGCCAGCCGUGAAGGCUCAAGUGUGAACAAGUCAUUUACCUCAUUUGGCUCGCGCACUGGGCUGCUGGAUUCAUCUAGCCGCCCCAGUGGUCAGGCCAAGGCGAGCGCAUCCACAAGCGUGGCGGAACCUCCUCGACCUGUCCGCAAGCAAAGGCGUGUUCCGGAUCCCUACGCUAUUGAUGACGAUGAUGAUGAUGAUCUGCUUGAGGAACUGAUCCAAGCCAAGCAACCUGCGCGCCAGGAGGAGAGCUUGCUUGAUUUCCUGCGCAGCGAACCCCCGCCCGACUUCCAGCAAGCUCAGCCUCAACCAUUGAGCAUACGACCACCUGCAUCUUCUAGCUCAAAUGGGUCGGUCAGUAUGAAGUCUCGUCUGAUGUCAGGAAAUGGUCCCUCAUCGAAAAUGUCGGUCAGCUCUAUGCGCUCGUUGAACAACACCCCGCAAUCCAACUACUCCUCCAAGGUCGGUAUGGAGCGGAACCCUGGCACUUUGCCAUCCACCUCCAACCGCCAAACCGAGACCAGUGCACUAGCGGACUUCCUCCGGAAUACCGGCCCGCCAGAGCCUGCUCCCCAGAACUCCAUGAGCCCCAAGAUUAAAGAAGGCGGUUUCUCCCGCUUCUUCACACGCCGCAAGAAGGUCGAAGCCUAA